ACAAUAAUUUGUUCAGUUCUCCGCAUAUCGUACCAUGGUAUGAUGGUAUCAUUCUCAAUACAACACAAUACAGCAGCUCAACUUGGGUCCGAGAUAAUUAAGAUGUUCAAAGAAGUAACUUUACAUCACAAAGCCAGAGCUACGCCGUAUGACCGGUGACGAGAACCUCAAGACUUGUUACGAUAUUACUUAAUUUAUCAGUGAUUUUAAAAGUAUAUUAACAUGUGACUUUGUGAUACAGAUAGAAAAACGUUGUGCCUUAUUCUGUGCCCUUGUAUAAAUAUUUUAGUUUUGGCUAGAACAAGGAGUUCAUGAAUGCUGUUCAAUGGAUUCUGAAACGAAAUCCUUCUCGAAUGUUAAAGUUAAGAAAAACGGUCGUAAAAAUGAGAAGAAGAAAAAAGUUGUCGUAAAACAUAUUAACGAGAAGUGCCGACAAAUCAACAAAAUGGAGGAGCAGGAAGGGAGCGCGUCCAGCAGCUCCACCGACAGCGAGGACCUGGCCAACGCCAUCAACUAUAACACUAUUACCUCCCUGGCAGCACUCAAGGACAUGCUGCAGGGCGACGGCAAUGACACGCCGGAAACUGAUAGCUUCUUCCAGCACUACUUCAUGAACCACUGUAAUACUCUUUCGAGUCGCAAUUCGAGUUCCAACUCACCGUUGCCAUUCUCGGAGCGCCGCCGACUGUCACAGUGUCGCGAGGAAGAUGAAGAUGAACAUCGACGUUCCACUGCUUCCUCGAAAGCUUGUUCGAAGUAUGCUUCCCAAGAAAGUUUAAGCGAAACUACUAAGGAUCACAAUUUUAAUGAAGAAGACGAGAUAAAUGCUACUUCUAAGACUGAAGCUUCGAACGAUGAAUCCGCGAGUGUUGAUAAGCAGAGACUCCCUAAGAGAACUGUAAUGGGAGCGAAACAUAAAUUUUUAGUGACAACAGCUGAACCGAAUCCGAUGCCUGCUGUGGAGCGGGUUCUGCGUACUCAUCACAAUGCACACACUGUUCACUUUGGCACAAGAGGCGCCGAGGAACAGCGUCCUAGCGUACGAAAUAUAUUCGCUGGACAGAAUCUCCACCGCGAUAAGACAUACUUUGAUAGUAGUUUAAUAGAGAUUAGAUCUACGGCAGACGGAGAAGCUGCUGCUUUGGAUGAAGACAUCUGGGUUAAGCGGAACGAAGAAAAACAGGCUAACGCGGCUAAAGAAGAAAAUAAAGCUGAUGGCAUUAAGAAACUCGAGAAAUCACAAUCUGUUGAGGAUAAGAAGGGGGUGGAGCGAGAACGUUCUGGUACUUGGGGCUCGCAGACACCGCGCAAAGAAAAGGAGCAGACGAAGAAGGUCGUGCGGAAGGAGAAGGAGCCGAGACGGAGCAGCGACGACCGCAGACAGAAACGAGAGACGCGACUAGAUGCGGCAAUCACGCGCAGCACGCAGUCUGUGGGCGAGCGCAGACGCCGCGGGUCCGCCGACGAUGGGCAAGCGCAUCCGAUGUACCAGCAAACCAUACAUGGCACCACGGGUGUCAGUCGUCGGCCAGCGCUCUUCGACAUGUUCAAGUCGAAACAACGUGGUGACGCCAAGAAGCAGCCGUCAAUCAUGCAACAGGUCAAAGCGGCAGUUCAGAGCAUGACCAAGUCGAACACUUCGGGCAGAGAGACGCCAGUCAAGUCCGAGUCACCAAAGCCGGAUGACACCCCCGCCACCACGCCAGUAGUAGUGAAGGCUAGGGAUGGCUCGGCGCAUCCUCACCCCGGCAGCGAUACUAGGUACUACCACACCGUGACGGCAUCAGCAACACGACGGCCGAGUGCCAUGGCCACUGUCAUGAAUAUCUUCAGGGGCCGAGCAUCAGUUCCCGCACAGACUUUACCACCGAUAGAGGGCGCUGACAGGAGAAAAGCGAGAGCGAUAGCUCAACAACACCACUACACUUCAGGAGCUCACCUUAAGCGGGUUGCGUCACAAGAAGCGGAGAAGCGGCGGUCAUCGCUGGGCCAUGUACCCCAGGUCCGACACCGCGCCUCCGACGCCUUCCUGGACCCACACCACGCCGCUAUACUUUUCAGAGAUUCCAGAGGGUUACCUGUGGCGGACCCGUUCUUAGAAAAAGUCAGUCUCUCCGAUUUAGAGGAGGAUGAGUCGCAGAUCUUCGUCAAGUUCUUCAAGUUCCACAAGUGCUACGACCUGAUCCCGACGUCUGCCAAGCUGGUGGUCUUCGACACACAGCUGCUGGUUAAGAAGGCGUUCUUUGCCCUUGUUUAUAACGGCGUCCGCGCGGCUCCGCUAUGGGACUCGCAUCGGCAGCAGUUCGUCGGCAUGCUGACUAUAACGGACUUCAUCAAGAUCCUACAGAUGUACUACACCAGCCCCAACGUCGCCAUGGAGGAGCUGGAAGAGCACCGCCUUGAGACAUGGCGACAGGUGCUGAAAGGAUCGGUGAUGCCGCUAGUGUCGAUCGGGCCAGACUCGUCGCUGUACGACGCGAUCCGCAUGCUGAUCAUGAACCGCAUCCAUCGGUUGCCGGUCAUCGACCCCGAGACCGGCAACGUGCUCUACAUACUCACGCACAAGAGGAUACUGCGGUUCCUCUUCCUUUACAUAAACGAGCUCCCCAAGCCGUCGUACCUGCAGUGUAAGCUGCGCGAAGUGCGCAUAGGCACGCUAAACGACAUCGAGACGGCGACGGAAGACACGUCGAUCAUCGACGCGUUGCGCAAGUUCGUCAACCGCCGAGUGUCCGCCCUGCCGCUCAUCGACGCCGAGGGACGCCUCAAGGACAUCUAUGCCAAGUUCGACGUCAUCAAUUUGGCGGCGGAGAAGACAUACAACAACCUGGAUGUAUCCCUCAAGAAGGCCAACGAACAUCGGAACGAGUGGUUUGAAGGUGUUCAGAAGUGCACGCUCGACGAAACGCUGUUCGACGUCAUGGAAAGGAUAGUACGCGCUGAGGUGCAUCGUUUAGUAGUAGUGGACGAAGAAGACAAAGUGAUUGGUAUAAUAUCGUUAUCGGACUUGCUGAUGUACCUCGUGCUACGACCGACCGGCGAGUGUGGCGGCGCGAGCUUGCGGAACGAGCACACGUCCAUCGAGGAGAAGGACGAGUGCGCGGGCGCAGCGGGCGGCGACCUCCCGCCCGACGAGGCCGUUGACCCCGACCCCGACCUCGCUACACAAUCUACAGACGUCAUCGCCAGCGAGUGCCAAGAUCAGUAAUGCCAAUGUGAUUCCCCUGCUAACAUAGUAUAUCAUUUAAAUGUUCUUGGUAGUGUAAGCUCGUGACGCGAACGUUGAAAACAAAAUUAAAAAAUAACUAGGAAACGGUUGUGAAUAAACUCAAAAUUGAUCCGUUCGUCCUCGGUGUAGAUCCCUCUAAUUUUGUAUUUUAUUCCACUUUUUAUACUGUAUUUGUACGCAUAUUCCAUAAUAUCUAUAUUUUUGUAUUGUGUACCACAAGGGCGUAGGACCACUCGGGUCGUUUAGUAUUGAUUUCGCUUCCUGACUUAUAUAUCGCAGGCCCCCUCCAUGUUCCUUAAAAUGUGAACAAUUUUCCGCGAUCGUUAUUAAUAUUUUCGUCUAACAGAUAUUCGAUUCAGUUUAACUCUACUGGCCUGCACAUAAAUACAGGGUGUUAGUGACAUCCAAACGAAAACUUUGAGGGAUGAUUCAGGCCAUGAUUCUGAAUUGAUAUCAAGUGGAAUUUCCGUCGCAAAAGUAUGGAACGGAAAGUAAUUUAAAAAAGAACACUAUAAUUUACAUGAAUUUUCCGACAGAAAAAUCCAUUUGAUAUUAACUCUGAGUCACAUCCUCAGUAUUCGUUACGAUGUUAAUAACAGCCUGUAUAUAAUAAAAACUUGCACCUGUACUUCCCAACGAAUAUAAGAGCCAUCAUCAGUUUAUCCUUCGGUUGUACUUUGUUGACAUUCCAUAAGCACAUGGGAGCCUUUCAGCAAGUAGAUAUUUGAAUGAUCGCUAUCAGGAUGACAUCAUAGAGCGGUCGUAUUAUGACGCCAGGCGGCCUGCCGCUCGCAAUCGCCAUCACGGAUCACAGUCGGUGCGUCUGUCGCGCUACUAGAUGACUUAGGUUUAGAAACAUUAUCAAUAUGUACAUAGAAUCAGCCGUACUCUUAAGAUAUGAUGUCAUUAGCCGUGGGUUGGUUCACAGAAACCUUAAGGUACCGACCGCCGAAUGUCUAUCACCAUAGUCGUAAUAACUUGUUUUUUUUUAAAUAUGUUAGUCUAUUGAGGCGCAAUUUUGACUCGGGUAUUAGGUGUAUAUAAUAUAAUAACAAUACUAAGUAGAAUAAGUCGUUGUUAUCAGGUAGCCGAUGAUCUGCUAUCGACUGUCGGUCCUUUCUGGUUUUCAUAGAAAGAUGGUUAAUGUAUUCUUAAAGAUAAGUAUGUAUAUGAUUGGAAUAGUUCUUCCUAAAUAUGGUGAUGACAUAAAAGAGGUGUUAAAUAAUAUUGUAAAGGUAUGUUACUAUGUGUUUGAGAUGUGUCGGAAGCGUACUGUUGAACUAGUCGACUGACCGGCCCUAAGGGUCGAGUUACCGACUAUUUAUAGUGGCGUAUUCGACAAGUCCGUCAUAGGUCGACACCUCUCUACGGAUCAUUUUGAUUUUGGAACAUUAAUAUAGCUUCAAGUAUGCGUUCUUGCAAUAUUUUUGUAUCGAUGCCGCCAGUCACACGGGCGUCAAGAGAAUCUGUUGUUCUUGUCACGAACACGAACAUGUAACUUUGUUUUUUGUUUAUUUAAUAUUACGAUCUUCUUGCAUGCCAUUUUAUAAGUACACAGUAGGUACUAUUAUUUUGCAAUAAAUCAUGUGCAAUUUUAAUACCUUUGGAUAAUAUUGUAUCCAAAACAUUUUAUAUAAUUUUUGUCUAAUAAUUUUAUUUGUUUAUUAUUGGAUUUUUACACUUUUAUAUUUGUUUAGAAAGUUUAUCAUUGAUGAAAGUAAUCCGAAUUGCUUGUAUAAUUAUAAAGCACAUUUAUUAAGCAAACAUGAAAAAGUAGGAGAAAUGUUGUCUCGGUGUACGUUAGGCUACAGAAACUAGGCUCAAUGCAGAUACAUGCAUGAUGCAUGAUUUAUAAGCAAAUGAAUGCUUUUAUUGUUUGGUAUUUGAACGAUAUAAGAGAUACAUUUUGGCAUCGCUACAAAAAUGAAUUGCUACACGCGACCGUAGAAGUGCAAAGGCGAUAUACUUUAUAGCAUUGUAAUAAUAAUUUCCAAAACGUUUUAGGUCGAAUUCAAUCGUUUGUAUCGACAAAAGUCUCUCAACGGUGAGGAAUUCAAUGUAUUUUUGCUAUAAUUAGAGUUAGAUGGUCAAUUUCAUUCAAUUAUUGUAUAUUGUAGCAACCAUAUAUGUAGUAAAUGCCGCGUGUUUGGUUCCGCAGUCGAAUCUAGGAUAUCAUGACUCAUUGUAGCACGCAAGAGGCAGAAAUUCGAUCUAAAACUAACACACUAAUUUUAUUUUGAUGCUCACACGUUCUGAAAGUAUUAUAAAUGUGUUAUUAAUUUAUGAGUAUAGGGUAAUGAGUAAUAAUAAUGACUUAUUUGUUAUGCAUAUAGGUACAUGUUGUAUUAAUAAAUUUAAUAAUGUUUCGUAGAUGCAGUUACUCGGAGUUGGUCUUGUAUGCCACUGUAAUUUUUAGAACAAAUUUUGCAUGAUUCUCGGCUGCAUAAAGCGUAGACCUACCUGUGUAUAUACGUAGUCUUUGAAUAAUAACGGUGAAGGCAAGCUGGUGUUUAAUUUGUGACGGAGCCAUCAACACAUCCUCGUUCCGUGGAGCACCACGUCGGCUGCCUGGUAGUGUAAUGGUUUGAGAACGUCGUACUGUAAACCAUCACAAGGUUAUAUUAUAAUCCAUCACACGAUGUACCGCCGGAUAAUUUUAUUGCUGUUUAUGUGUUGUGUUCAUUGUUUGGAAAUAAAAUGUUCAUGUUUUGAAAGAAGACGCACACGGUACCUAUGUAAAGUUUUGAAUAAAAUUUCGAUCCAUCA